AUGAAUAAAGAAAAAUUGGAUGGUAAGAUUGAAUAUUGUAACUGUGCAAUGGAUUCCUCAGUGGAAAACAUGUAUGUAAACAAAGUGUGGGUUCAAUGUGAGAAUGAAAAUUGUUUGAAAUGGAGAUUGUUGUCAAGUGAGGACGCAGCCAGAGUUGAUCAUGAUGAACCAUGGUACUGCUUCAUGAACACUGAUUCAAGAUAUAAUAACUGCUCAAUUUCUGAAGAAGACUUCCCUGAAGAGUCUCAGCUUCAUCAGUGUGGAUUUAAGAUUGUCUAUUCACAGCUCCCUCUUGGAAGCCUGGUUUUGGUAAAAUUACAGAAUUGGCCAAGUUGGCCAGGGAUACUUUGCCCUGACCAGUUUAAAGGGAAAUAUGUGACCUAUGACCCAGAUGGAAAUGUUGAAGAGUAUCACAUAGAAUUCCUGGGCGAUCCUCAUUCAAGAUCAUGGAUAAAGGCAACCUUCGUUGGACAUUAUAGUAUCACAUUAAAGCCAGAAAAAUGUAAGAAUAAAAAGAAGUGGUAUAAAAGUGCACUUCAAGAAGCAUAUCUACUCUAUGGAUAUUCUCAUGAGCAAAGACUGGAAAUGUGCUGCCUAUCAAAACAACAAGAUAAAUCCAAAACACAUGACAAAGUUGCUGCACUGGCCAAGAAAGGGAAGCAGAUUUCUAAAAGUAAUAUUGAAAAGAAGAAGCCCAAACUUAGAAAAAGGAAAAGGAAAGCAAUUUUAAAAUGCUGUUUUGAAAAUGUUUGUUCUGAUGAUGCCUUAUCAAAGGAAAACAUGGUUGUAUCUGAGACGGAAGUUUUACUAAAAGAGUUGGAGCAAAUGCUACAGCAAGCACUGCAACCCACAGUCACACCUGAUGAGUCUGAAGAAGGACUUGGAGAGGAAAUAAAUAUGGGAGAAAAGUUAUCUAAAUGCAGCCCAGAAGCUCCUGCAGGCAGUCUGUUUGAAAACCACUAUGAAGAGGACUAUCUUGUAAUUGAUGGGAUAAAAUUAAAAGCUGGAGAAUGUAUUGAGGAUAUAACUAAUAAAUUUAAAGAAAUAGAUGCUUUGAUGUCUGAGUUUUAG